AUGUAUAAUCUGGCCCCCCCAUGUGAAAAUUCCUGGCUACGAGCCAAUGAUGAAGAUGAGGAAGGGGGAGCAGCCCCUUGUGAUGAUGAGGAUGGAAGUGAUGACAAGAGUGAUAGUAGUAGCAGUGACAGUGGACAUGAUGAUGAUGACAAUAGCACCGACAGUGAGAGCAACAAUAGUGAAGACUAUGAUAGCCAAUAUGGUGGCAAUGAUUGGGGUGAAUCCCUUAAUGAUAGAGAAGAUGAAGACGUAGAUCUUUUCUAUGAAGAAUAUGACGAUGAUGUGGACUACUACAAUGAAGAUAUUGAAGAUGAUGCCAGAGCUAACAAGUGGAGUGACACUAAUAGUGACCAAUACAGGCUAAUAAAUGUAUUGGAAAAUGCAAGAGAGGAGAAUGGACAAGCCAAUGAUGUGGACUAUGAUGGUUACCCCUACAAGCGUCCCUCAAAUUGGAGUUGUAUCACUGAUGUUAGCUCAAGGUCUAGUCCUCAAUAUGACAAGCAUGGAAGAGAGAUUCCAAAAUUUGGGUCGUAUUAUGAUUCCGAACUUGGCUCAUUGACCCCACAUACUAAAGAAGAGGAUGAUAUAGAUGCUAGGUUGGUUGCUCUAGACCAAAAACUGAUGGUCCACAAUCUCAGAAUCAUGACACUUGAGAAUGCUAGAGGUGAUAAUGAGAGGAUGGAAGGAGGCGAGUAA